AUGCGAAUGUUCCUCCAUGAGCUGUGUCCGUUGCUAACAUGGCUCCAGGAAACCGAUACCAUCCGACCUGAAGGGUAUGGCGAUGACUCGUAUAGAGACUAUGACAAGACGAAAGAGAAACCAAAACGGGAUGAGAGCAAGGCUGCCAAGAAAGGGAUCAAAGCGAAGGCCUUGGGCUGGGCCAAGAAAGGCUGGUCUCGGAUUCAUGGCGAUGGGGAAAGCAGUACCGAGACUGGAAGUCUGGAGCAACGAGCUAUAAGUCGCCAUCUCCAGCAGCAGAAACAUGAUAGAAAGGUACCGGAGGAGGAAAACACCGACGUCCGCGCCCUCGAGUGUGCAGUCAGAGGAUGGCCGAGAAUAGCGACCGUCGUCGACAGCGAUCCCAACUUUAUGAUCUAUCGCCGAUUCGGAUUCCUGAGAACGCGGCUGCUGUUGUGGCAUCAAGACAUCCUCCGAGAAAUGGAGUCCCGGCUCGAUUACCAGGACAUGCAGGACGCCAGGUCAGCGAAGACACGACGAUACCUGUCGAACCGGGACGGCGACGACAUGCGGACCCCAGCCGUGCGUCGGGUCUUGUUCCAGGAGCUCGACGCGCAACUGAAGGCUUACGACGAUCUUUUGGUGCGCUCCGCAACACUGUAUCAGUGGCAGAGACCUUGCGACGAAGACCGCGCGAGCAUCGCCAGUCUGAUCCACAAUGAUGGGAGCCUCGCAAACAGGGACCGCAGCUGGAUCAGGAAGAUCGACGACCUGAUCGUGCUCGGUGGAGAGCCAAACUCUUCCUGGGUCCAUGGCCUGUGCUUGUUACGCAACAAAGUCCAGAACCGGAAGCUCGAGGGUUCGACCAUCCAUAUCCAGCUGUUUGAGAGACAGCGAUUCAACCGGGUCGUCGGGUUCCUGUACACCAUCGCCAUUGCGGCCCUGAUCAUGGGCCCAGUCCUGGUCCUCUACAGGUUGAGACACCUCGACGGGUACGCGCAGAACUCGUUGGCGUUUGCCUUUACCAUCGCGUUCGCAUUGCUCUGCUCCACGGCGACGGCUGCGAAGCAGCACGAAAUCUUUGCGGUGACUGCGGCUUAUUGCGCCGUCCUUGUAGUCUUCACCUCUCAGAACACGAAUGGUGAUGCACAGACUCUGCCCAUGACGGUUCCACAGUCAUCUUCAUGA